AUGGCAAGCCUAGUCGUAGGUCAGGUCGCCAUUGUCCUGAUAGUCUUCCUCCUACACCAGCUAUUCUUCCGCAACAAGCCCAAAUUUCCUUUGCCUCCCGGCCCAAAACCUCUUCCGAUUGUUGGCAACAUUAGAGAUCUCCCGCCUCCAGGAACACCGGAUUCCGACACUGGCUUCCAUUUAAAGAAAAAUAUGGCCCUGUCAGCUCCAUUACCCUGCUGGGCAGGACACUGGUCAUCAUCCAGGACAAGGAGGCUGCCGUCGAAUACCUGGAAAAGAAUUCAGCAAAGACUUCUUCACGCCCACAGUUUGAGUUUGCCAACAUGUGCGGAUAUGGCACGAUGCUGGGCCUUUAUGGAUUAUACCGAUUUGUUUCGCCAGCACCGCAAGUUUCUUCAUCACCAAUUUGGAACAACGGCCCUUGUCUCCCGCUUUAAUGGUGUUCAAGAGAUCGAGUCCAAGCGCUUUCUCAUGCGAAUUUUCAAGGAUCCAGAAAAUUUAUUCCAACACAUCAAAACUGAAGCUGCCGCCACUAUCCUCAAAAUCGUCUACGGUUAUAAUGUUGAGCCGUUCGGCGCGGACCCUUUGGUGAGAAUUAUCAACGAUGUCAUGGAAAACGCCUCUCGCGCGAUGCUACCCUUUAAAAAACCCGUCGAGAUUUUUCCUGCGCUCAAGCGGCUGCCCGACUGGAUGCCAGGUGCUGGCUUCAAGCGCGUCGCCCGCGAAUGGCUAGCUCUAACCGACGCGUCUGCCUACAUCCCGUACAAUCAUGUCGGGAAGCAAAUGGAGAAUGGCACGUAUCAACCAUCCUACGUCUCAGAGCUUAUUCAAACGCACAGCAAGGGAAAGAAUAUGGAGCCAGAGGAAGACACCAAAGAGGCCAUCGUCCGAACUGCCCAGAUGUUGUUUACCGGAGGUGCGGACACCACAGUUGCCGCUAUCAUGGCAUUCGUCUUGGCUAUGAUUCAUCAUCCAGAAGUUCAGGAAAAGGCUCAAGAGGAACUCGACCGAGUUGUCGGCACCGAUCGUCUCCCAACUUACGAAGACCGACCCAAUCUACCUUACAUCAGUGCCUUCAUGAAGGAGAUGCUCCGUUGGUUUACAGUUGCGCCCGUGAAUACCGCGCACAAGAACGACGAAGAAAUUAUUUUCCGAGGCUACCGUAUUCCAAAGGCCUCAUAUACUGUUGCAAGCAACUGGUGGUUCUUGCAUGACCCCAAGACCUACGUGAACCCGAUGGCUUUCGAUCCUGAUCGUUACUUGGCGCCCCGAAACGAGCCAGAUCCCACAGGCAUGUUUGGUUAUGGACGAAGAAUCUGCCCGGGUCGGUUCUUUGCACAGGAGAAUCUGUUCAUAACCGUGUCGCAGACUCUGGCAGUGUUUAAGAUAACCCAUGUAGUCGACGAGAACGGGAAGCCGGUUGAGGCAGUGCUCAAACACACACCAGGCUUAAUUGACCACCCACAGGAAUUCCCUUAUAGCAUCGUUCCAAGGAACGAGAAGUGCAUAGAAUUGCUCAAAAGGUUGGAGGUGGAGAGCCCAUGGGAAGAGAGCAACGCGGAGGAUUUGGAAUGGGGAUCAUUCACUAAAUAUCGAGAGGAGCACCGGCGCUCUGUGGCUGAACGAGGAAGGAAGGUGUCAAAUUAG